AUGGGUUGGUUGAAGGCCUUCGCGGGCUAUGUCACGCCGAUAUUCCUCAUCCUGUCGCCCGUCAUCAGCUACGCCGACCAGGUCUAUUCGAUGCACAGCUCGAAAUCGAGUGCGGGCUUCUCCUUAGACAUUCCCCUGAUCAUGCUCGUGGCUUCAAUGCUGAGGAUAUUCUACUACCCCGGCGCGCGAUUCGAUAAUGCCCUCCUGAUACAGUCGUUUGUCAUGAUAGUCAUGCAGCUUAUUCUCCUGAAGAUUGCUUUGGAUCAUCGACCAUCUCCAACGUCCAAGGGCGGAGAGGCAGGAGCACCAUUCGCGGGGGCGCAGGAUGGAUCAUGGGACAAGGCGCGGCCGUACAAUUUCUGGCAGUGGAGAUCGCCGAAACCAUACUGGAGGUUUCUCUUGUACCUGUUCAUAAGCCUCACGGUCUGCGAGCUCAUCCUCGCCCCGUUCGACUUGGUGUAUCCCGCCUAUUCUGUCCUUAUAGGCUACACCGGCCUGUCCAUUGAGGCGACGCUCCCGAUCCCGCAAAUCCUCACGAAUGCGCGAUCCAAGUCCUGCAAGGGCUUCCGAUUCUCGGUCUUGGCCAGUUGGUUGCUGGGAGAUUGCAUGAAGAUGUACUGGUUUUUCACGUCGCCGACGACGAUUCCCUGGGCCUUCAAGUCCAGUGGUAUGUUCCAGGCUUGCUGCGAUUUCUUCCUGGGAAUACAAUACCUCAUGUAUGGCAGCGGCGAUGUUCCGAUCAAAGACUGGGAAUUACAAGCCCCACGAUGA